UGUAUAAAAAAGUUAACCAUUUAGCAAGGCUUGGAACAUUGCUGGAGAUGUAUUCCAGUCCAAUUAGAAGGCUGUUAUACAAGUUGAAGAAUGCUGAAACAGAGUGAGCAGUAAGGAAGGUGAGAAUGAUCUAAAGGAAAAAAAAAAAAAAAAAUUUUUUUUUUUUAAAUCUUGAGUUUUCCAAAGGAUUGCUACCUCAUCUCAGGAGAAACAGAAAGGAAGGGAUGGGAAGAUUGAGGUUAUCUUAUGUUAUGAACAUAAGUUCAAAAAUUGGAGCAGUUUUGUCAAGCUCUACAAGAAUAUUAAGAAAUAAGCAUUUCGUCAUUUCUAAAUAUGUGCUUCAAAUAAAAAAAUGAGUUCUGAGGCAUAUUAAGGUAUGAUAUAGAUGGAUUUUCUCUGAUGAUAUAUAACACUGUUUAUGAUGAUUCCUGAAUCAGUCUUUACAGUUUUUUUUUUUUUUAAUGUGUUUUAGGUGAAAGUUUACACAGCAAAUUCUGUGCCGUUGGUUACAGUUUGUACUGUGUGUCAGCAUACUCAUUUCUAUUCUGUUUGUUCUGUUUCCAUUGAUCUAGCUUCCCUUCCUAUCCUUGCCCUCUCUCAUCUUUGCUUUUCCAUAACUGUUGACCAUCUGGUCUCAUAUAGUUAAUUGUUGAAGGGAGCACAUUACUCACGGGCAGUAUUGGCUAUUUUAUAAGCCAAUCUACUACUAUCUGGCUAAAAGGUGACCUGCAAAAAUAGCUGCAAUUCCAAGUUCAAAGGAUAUCUUAGGGCCAUAGUCUCAGGGCUUCCUUUAGUGGGCUUCCUUUAGUCUCUUAUCAGUCCAAUGGGCCUGACUUUUUUUAGGAAUUUGAGUUUUGUCCUACAUUUUUCUUGCAUUCUAUUCGGGACCUUCUGUUGUCACUGGUCAGACACUAUCCCUCCCACCCCCAGUGGUAAAAAAAAAAAAAAAAAAAAAAGUGGUUUGUGUGAGACUUCACAAGUUUUUAAUGGAGAGAAGCAAAAAUACCCAUUAUUUAAGUAAUCUUAACUAAUACUUAAAGAUUUUUAUAAAUGUAUCACUAGUUUAAUUAUGAUGUACUAUUUACCUGAUAUUAUGGCUGUGGAAACUUAUUUAGAAGGGAUAAAAUGUAUAUCACAGAUUUUAUCCCACAGUAUAUUGAAAAUAGACCCAAAGAAAUUAUCAUUUGGCCCAGACCAUUUAUAUAACAAAAUAUUUGAAAAUUUAGCUACUGAAGAUGUUAAAUUUCAUUUAUGGUAUGUAAUAUGCUAUAUUCUUUGUAGCAAGUGAAUGAAAAUUGGUGGAUUAAUGUUCAUAUUUUAAAUUAGGAAGACUUGGUCAUGUUAAUUUAUAUUUUAAGUACAGAUGAAUGAACACCUUUAGUUUUUUUUUAAUUUGUGUUCAUAAGACUUCUGAUUAUUUAGUAGCAGACUGUUUUUGGCCAUUUUGAUGCCAGAGUUCCAAGUUACUUAAAAUUACUGGAUAAAUUGAACAUGGAAAAAAUUCCCCUUUGUGAUAGAUUCCAGUAGGUUUACAUAGAGAGUGAAUGUUUAAAACAAUUUGUAACAUCAAGUAAUUCUUAAAUAAUGAAGUUUCUGGAUAUUUUUCACAAAUAGGGACUAUGUGUACACAUUGUUUGACAUGCCUUAGAAUUAUUUGCUGAGAGGUUACCAGCAUUUUGUUAAUUGCAAAAUUAACUGGUCUCUUUGUCUUUGUCCUUCUUAAGUUGAAAAAGCUGGCUGCCUCUUUGAAAUGCUUUCACUUUCGUAACAUGCCUAAUAGUACUCUUAACUGCUCCUGUUUUCUGUGCUCCUUCUUAUCCUAUGACCCACAAUCCCUUUUGUCCCCAGUCUCUUCCCCACAAAGUUUCUCUGGGUGGUUUCAUGUAGGUCAAAUACAUUACCUUAGUUUCAGUAUAUUACCCAUUCAGUGGAUUUCAUAUAGUGUAAUGGCCAAAAGCAGGAUUUUGGAGGCAGACAGCCUUGGUCUUGAAUGCAAGCUACAUCAUUCAUUGUUUAGCCUUUUUCUGUGUCUUUUUCUUCAUUUGUAAAAUGAGAUGGGAUGAUUGUAAGGAUUCAGUCACACAGUAGGCCCUCAGUGUUAAUUGCAUGUUUACUGUCCACCUACCCUACUUAUAUGCCAAACAUGUCUUUAUUGAUAUCCUUUUGGCCAUCCUCUUAGAAAUCCUAAAUAAAAAAAAAAGCAGAGUUCAAAACAGUGUAUUUUCUCUUUCCAAAUGACUUAUGUAUACCUGAUUCUCUAAUAAUGAAUAUCUCUUUUUCUGGCAUAUUUAAUCAUCCUAGAAAUGUUUGAAAGCUCAUCUGUUCUGCUUAGUAUUUCCUCUUUUUCUCCCUCCUCCCCUAUCCAUUUUCCACGCUGCAAGUCUUGUUUAUAUUAUUCUGAUUAACUUGUAGUGGCUCAUUCAAGUCUUUUAUUUAUUAUUUAUUAAACUUUUAAGUGCCAGGUACUGUUGAUAAGUGAUGAGUUAGACAAGUUCUGCUGCUCUCAGAGACAGAUUAAUAGGAACAAAAGCCCUAUAGGGAGAGUGAGUUGGUGCAUAUUUGAGAAGGUGGUAGGUAGGGGGCAGACCGUAAGUGGUCUUGUAGGCUUUUCAAGGAGUUUGGUCUAUCCCAUGAGCAAUUGGAAGGUCUUGAAAGUUUGGGUGAGUGGUGCGCAGCAGUGACAAGAUUACUAUUUUGAAUUGUCACUGGCUACAGAUGAGGUCAAGAAUGAAUUGGAGUAAACCACGUGAAAGGACGUUGCAGUAUUUCACUCGAGCUACAAUAGCUUGGACUAGAGUGGUGGUGCUAGAAAUUUAAAGAUUUUGAUAAACGUCAAAGACUUGAGAGAUAAAGUGGCCAAGUUUUGUUGGGGGGGGGUAGUAUCAAGAAUCCGAAGUUUCUCACUUGUGUAAUUAGAUAAUAAACAUGGUAUACGGAUGGUAAGGACACACAAAAAAAUAGGCUUUUCAAGGUGGUGAGGUAGGAGUGCUUGGGAAACCUUCAGUGGAAUUUUGAUGUGAGCUGGACCUGGAAAGAUUUGUCUAGGAGUGUGUGCAAUUUUGCACAUUGUGUUUUUUAUUUGGCCCUCUUGGCUUGUGCCUUUUUAUUUCUGGAACUACAUGUAUUGCCCAUUUUGGAGAAAACAGAUGGUCCAAAAGAAUGAACUCUCAUAAUCCAACUCAUACGUGGCUCCUAGAAUUACCUUCAUGUAUGUGUGUUUUUCUUUGAUAGUUUUUUUCUUCAUGCUAUUAAACAUUUUAGUGAACACCAUUUAACAACAUUUAGCUGUAUUUGUUGAGGACCUCCAUAUGCCAGGCACUCAGUGUUCUAGAUGUUGAGGAUGUAAGAGUGAAUAGACAAGGCCCUUGGCUCUUUGAGCUUAUUGACAGUGGAGGAGAGGUAGUUGUAAAUGCUAUGGAAGCAACUGAGUGGCAACUUUCAGAAUAUUCUCCAACCACCUAAUAUAGAGUUAAUGUUUUACAUUCUUCUGAAAGUCGAGAAUAUACAGGUGAGUACUUGGAAAUGCUCCAGCUGGGGAGACCAGCUAAUGCAAAGCCAUAAAACUGCAAAAGCUUGGAUGGAAGGUAAGGAGAAGGGGCUGGAAUAGGUGCAGUCUACUGGUCAAGGGGGAAAAGUGGUAAGAAAAAUGUGUAAGCCAGGGUAAAUAGCAUAUUUAAUUUUUUUCCCCCCAGUUACACUAGGGAGCCCAUUUAAAGAGUAAUACAGUAAUAAUGUGUGGAGAAUGGAUGGUGGGACAAGAAUGGAAGCAGAAGACCUGAUAGGAGGCGAUUACAACUGAGAGGAGAAAUAGGCAGACUUAGUUUUUGGAGACCAAAUCAAUGAGAUACCUUGAUGGGAAGGAGGAAUUGAGAACAAUUGAAUUCUGGCCAGUUUAAAGAUAGAAAUCAAUGAAAAGCAGAAACUUCCAUUUUAAAGUAGUGUAUCAAGUAAAAUUAUAUAUACUCAUUUUUCUCUAAAAUUAGUUUCAUAAAACAUUCGUAUCCACUAUGAAUCACACUGCUGCUAGCUUUACAACUCAUUGAAUCUUUAGGCAAGGUAAUUGUAGUUUUAUCUGUUUUACAUACAGCUAAGGAGACAGGCUCAGCAGUCAAUAAAUAUUUAUUAGCAUCUGGCUGGCAGUGCAGCAGUGUACAACUUAAAGUGCCUGCCCUCAGGAAACAUGUAUUUUGUUGGUGGGGGGGACUGGUGACAAAAGUGUAAGUAAUUUCAGUACUGAUUAGUCAUAAUUAUAUGCCGGGUAUAACUCAGAAACCCUGGUGACGUAGUUGUGAAGUGCUACAUCUGCUAACCAAAAGGUUGGCAGUUUGAAUCCACCAGGCACUCCUUGGAAACUAGGGGGGCAGUUCUGCUCUGUCCUAUAGGGUACAAUGUAACAUUUAAUCCUAAAAUUUCUUAUGAGGAAUAGUACUGUUUUACAGAUUAACUCAGAAACACUUGUCCAAGAUCACGUGGCUAGCAAGGGGGUAGAACUACUAAGAGGAUGUCGUAGUUACUGGAGAUGGGGUUGCUCUACCCAGGGUACUAAUGAAAGACGUCUUUGAGGAGGUACAUUUAAAACCUGAAAUGAAGGCAGUCUUGAGAAGGUAAAGGGGAAGAGCAUUCAAGUUGAAGGAAGAACAAAUGCAAAGGCCAUGUGUUUGGAAGGCUUUUCCAAGGGCAAUAGUAAGGCCAGUGUGGCCAUAACAUGGUAAUGCAGGUGAGAUCAGAAAGGUAGGUAAAAGCUGGAUUGAAGGUGGCCUUGUAGUUUGGAUUUUACUUUUGUUAACGGGACUGUAGAGAUCUGAACAGAGAAGUGACAUUUGAAUUAGGCUGUCAGGAACAGAUAUUCGGUGAUAGUGAUGGUGGCUUAGAUAAGGUUGUAGCACUGAAGAUGGUGAGAAGUGGUCAGAUAAUAUAUAUUUUGGAGAUAAAAGAGUUACCUAUGGAUUGCAUUUGGAGUGUGAUGGAAAGAUUCAAGGAUGAUUCCUGGCAGUUUGGGUGGAAGGCAGUAGGUGCUCUGAGAUAGGAAAGGAGGAGGAAUGGAUUAUGGAGGGAAAUUAAAUUCUGUUCCAGCUACAUUGGAGCUAAACAUAAAGAAAUGUCAGGUAUUAAAUGUAUGAUUUGGGAGUUCCGGGAAGAACUCAGUGCGUCUGUGGUGAGUAUAGAUAGUUACUUACAGCUAUUGGGCUAGGUGAAAUCACCUAGGAAGAGAGUAUACAGAAGAGAGACUGAGGACUGAGUUGUCAAAUACUCCCAACAUUUAGGGUUCUGGUACAGAGAAAAACUGAGGGAGACAAAACCUGGCAAGUACUGGUGUCAUGGAAAAGCUAAAUUCCAAGAGUUUCUCUGAAGAAAAAAAGGCAGCUAUGCCAAAUGCGGAGAUAGCAAGUAAAAUAGGGUAAGGUAUCUGCUAUAGUAAAUACACCCGAAAAGGUAUAAUAGUUCAAACAAUAGAUUUCCCCCCAUCAUGUAAAAAGCAUUAGGAGGGCAGUGGUGAAGUAGCCAGUAGUCUAGCCCUCCUUCAUUUAGUCAUUUAGAGACCCAAAUGUGGAGGCUCUAUCAAGGUCAAUGUGGAUUCCAGAUCACACGAGUCAUUACAGACAGCUGAAAAGGAGAAAACAUGGAACAUGAGUGGGAGAUUUUUAUGGCCAGGGUUGGGAUGGUACACAUCACUUUUCAUAUUCCAUUGUCUUGAAUUUAGUCACCUGGCCACCCCCAGCUGCAAUGGAGCUUGCAAAAAGUGAACAAGCCAUACAUUCUGGAAAAAGAGGAACCAGCUUGUGAGCAGCAGGCAAUCUGCCACAGAUGGCUUUGGCAGAAUGUAGGUCAUAGUGACUUGGCAAGAACUGUUUCAUUGAUUAAGGAUGAAAGCCCAAGAGAGGGCUGGAGGUAAGAAAUGGAAUUAAUGAAUGCAGACAUUUUACUGUAGUUUUGCUAUGAAGGUGAAUGGAGGAAUGUGGUGGAGGCUUGAAGGAGAUGAGAAGUCAAGGGAGGGUUUUUAUAAGAGGCAUGUUACCAGUACAAACAAACAAUAUACACUGUUUUCAAGAUUUGGGGAAUGGGUGCUAUAGUUACACUAUUCUGAUACAGGUGUAAUGACGACCAUCAAAUCAGAUGAAUAUGGUGUACGCUGAUCUGCAAAAUAAACAGUAUAUUGUAUUUUAGAUUUCCAAAUUUCUUCUUAAUCAUGUUUUGAGGUAGUAAUGAGGUCAUGAAAUAAACUACUAUGUUGAGAACAGAAUUAACUUUCAUGGCAAGGGUCCUUCCAUCAAAGAACUGGACUUCAAAAUGAGUCAGUCCAUUUUCUUAUUAGAAUGGUGGAAUGCAUUCGUAGUUGCAUGCUCUAUAAUACACCAAUAAUAAAGAACCUUUUGGGACUCCGAAGAUUUUACGGACCUUUCAUUCAUUUGGCGACUCAAUUUAGAUGACCCAAAGACUCAUGAAGCAUUAGGGUCUCAUGGAACUUGAGAGGUUCUUUUCUGGGGAAGAAACUGGCCCAAGCACAUUGUUUUUGGAUGCCAAGAUACGUAGAGAAUGUUUGUUGCCAAGAUUAACGGAGAUGAUUGCUUAAAAUGAGACUACUCUAAAAAUGAAUUUAUUGAAAAACAUUUUUAAAGAGGCUUUGUUUCUUAUUCCCCCUGUAGUCUUUUAAUUACUAUAUAAUUCAUAUAUGAAAAACCCUCUUAAAAGUGUAUUAACUCAGUGGUUUAUAGUAUAUUCAUAAGGUUUUGCACCAUUAGUGCUAAUUUCAGAACAUUUUCAUCACCCCAAUAAGAAACUCCAUACCCAUUAGCACUCUGCAUUGCCUCCUCCCCCCAGUUCCUUACAACCACUGAUCUUUCUGUUUCUAUGGAUUUGUCUAUUAUGGACAGUACGGAAUCGUACAAUAUGUGGCCUUUCGUGCCUAGCUUAUUUCAUCUAGCAUGUUUUCAAGGUUCAUGUAGUAGCAUGUUUGAGUACUUCAUUCUUUUUCAUGGUCAAAUUCCAUUGUGUGUAUAUAUCACAUUUAGUUUAUCCAUUCAUCAGUUGAUGGACAUUUGGGUUGUUUCCACUUUUUAGCUGUCAUGAAUAAUGCUGCUAUGAACAUCCAUGUACAAGCUUUUUGUGUGGAUAUACAUUUUCAGUUCUCUUGGCUAUAUACCUAGGAGUGCAAUUGCUGGGUCAUAUGGCCUUUAGUCGAUUUUGACCUUUGUUUCAUUCCCAUCUCUCAAACAUCUCUUUUGGUGUCCAUGUCAUCCACUCCAACACUGUUAUCUUCAGAUUUUUUAAAAACAUUUUCCCAUUCUUUAGUGAUUAAAAUUUCCCUCUCAACCUCUUCCUCUAUAGUCUCCCUUGGGUAGUUCAUGUUAAUGACUUUUCAUACGGUGACCUCAAGUUUCCUUGAACUCUUCAACUUUAAGGACAUUUACCAUCAACUUCAGCUACCCAGAGAUACAGCCAAGCAUUCAAUACUUCAGAACUGAUCGUCGUCUUGUGCCAUUUCCGAGAUCAUGAGUUCACAAAUUGCGUUCUCUGACUUUUUCUCCUUUCACUUACACUUUCGUUAUACUUUUCGUGCCUAUGAUGAUCUCUAGUCCCUCAGUGCGUCUAUAUUUUCAGUUUAUUAGCUAACUUCUGUCACAAUUUGUCUUCCUAUCUAGGUGGAGCCUGUGACCACCCAUUUCAAUGGUGCUUUCUUCCGCAUCCUUGAUUCCUUAACUCCUUUGUUUAACCUUGCACUACCAAUCUUUUACAAAAGUAGUUUACAUACCAUCUGUUUUCUCUACUCUUGCUUCUGGGGUUGCCAAGUCUCAUGAAACAGGGUCAGCUGGUUUUUCUGUAAAUUCAUGUUGUCCAGGCUCAAGUGGGCACAUUUUACUAUUUUUUAUUCCUUUCAUAUCAAAAUGAUUUUCUGUCAUAACUACCUAUUUCAAGGAAUUUCUGCUCUCAAGUCCUUGAGCCUCAAUCUCACUGUUAACCUUUUUCUGCAAAAAAUGAAGUUAUUUUACUGAAAAAAUCUUGGGUAACUAAUAUGUUUUCCCUACACUCUUCUGUUUUUCCUCUUUAAACUAGUUCUUUCCAAGGCUAAGCCCUCCUCAUACUUUAUUACCUUCACUUUCUAAGGAGCCUUGGUGGUGCAGUGGUUAAGCACUUGGCUGCUAACCAAAAGGUCAGUGGUUUGAACCCACCAGCUGCUCAGUGGGAGAAAGAUGUGGCAGUCUGUUUCCUUAAAGAUUUACAGCCUUGGAAAUCCUAUGGGGCAGUUCUGCCUGUCCUAUAGGGUCGCUAUGAGUCUGAAUCGACCCGAUACUCAAUGGCAGUGUAUUUGGUUUUUUGUUGUUGUUGUUGUUUAUUUCUUCACUCUCUGUUCUUGGCUUUUCAUUAAUUAUCCCUUUUCUUGCCUCUUUAAAGCCUCUACACUCUCCUUUUCUCCUACAAAUAUUGCCCUAUUUCAAAAGAAAAUAUAAAAUAACCCAAUUCUGCUUCUACAUAAUGGUACCUCUUCACCAAUCCUGUAGAUGGCAUUCCCCAGGAUGCCCAAGAUGUGUGACUUGUUAAUACAUUCUGAAUCCUUUACAAUUGGCUUUCAAACUCAAUUGUUUUGGUGGUUGUUUUCUCAAGCAUUGCCUAUUCACCAAAUCCAGUAGUUUCAGUCUUUAUCCCUUUGCAUCCCCUUGGGAUACAAGCAGGUUACUUAAGAUUCAGGGCCUUUCACAUGGAGGGGCUUAAAAAUGUUUAUAUGUUUGGUUACUUUUGUAAAGUUGGCAAAAAAUAAAAUAUUUUUGCAUUCUUGUUCUUCAGCUUCAGGCCCAACAAACUUUGAUUUGCCACUGUAUAUAGGGGAUCUGUCCCUCAUAUAAAGGAACUUCAUCAGACUAUUAUAUUAUACCCUAUAAAAAAAUAGAUACAACAAAAAUGGGGUAUGGCUCUCCCCAACUUGAUUACAGUUAAGGAUAAAGCUAAAGGCUACAUUAAGACUUCCAUCUCGGAUUGACCAAAGAAUUCUACUCUUCCACACCCAGGUCCCAAGACUGGUCCUCAAUAUUACAGAUUCAGGAACUAGAUUUUAAGCAUUUUGGCCAAGGUGAUCAAGCAUUGAAAGAUUAAUUAAUGUUAACUAACCAAACUCCAAAAAGAUUAUAAACCAGAAUGUUUAUUCUUAGUAUUCAGGAAGGAAUUAAUACCUUAAUUAUGAAUGCCUUAAUAUUUUUUAUGUUAGUUGGAGUCAAUUCUGACUCAAGGUGACUCCAUGUGUGAAGAAUAAAACUGCUUCAUAGGAUUUUCAGGGCUGUGACCUUUCAGAAGCAGAUCACUAGGCCUUCUGAGGCACUUCUGGGUGAGUGUGAACCACCGACCUUUUGGUUAGCAGUUCAGUGCUUAGCCAUUUGUGCUACUCAGGGAACGGACUAUGGAUAUAAAUGUCUACUAUCAAGGACACUCUCUUCCCAGAUCAAGGCAUUUUAGAGACCAAACGUGAUUAUAAAAAGUUUGUUAGGUGCCCUCAAGUAGGUAGUGACCUUAUGUACAACUGAAUGAAACUCUGCCCUGUCCUGUGCCGUCGUUGUUAAGCUUGAACCCAUCGUUGGAGCCACUGUGUUACUCCAUCUUGUUAAGGGUCUUCCUCUUUUUCAAUGACCCUCUGAGCCCUACAUAAAACGUUUAAUUAUCACGAUUUAAAGUGUAAAUAACUGACUGGCUUUAAGACCUCACUGCAGGGGUAUGGCUUAACCCCAAAUUCCUUGGAAAUGGGUAAAACCCUGUUUGUUGUGUCAAUUUCAACAUGUGCGUGAUUCUGACAUUUGUCUUGCCUCGUCAUGGAUCGAGUUGGGCUGUGCCUUAAACAUGUUUACAUAUAAGGCAAGCUUUAGACACACACCCCCAACCUCAGUCCAUUUUGCUGUCAUAUUUCAGUAUUGGGCCUCUCCUCUAGUUCCCAACCGUCCAACAAUUUUCCGUAUUUCAUUCAUGCCCUUUCUUCCCCUUACCUAUUCUUAAAGUGCUUCCCUCACUUUCAGUUCUGAGGCUGCCCUUCCCAAGUCGUCACUUAAUUUCUCUCACAUUACCUUGCCUGCAAAUCAUCUCCUAGACUGUCACCCUCAUCUCCUACAUGGCCCAUACUGUCCUCACCUGCCAAACUGGAAAGGAGGCAUCGAAUCGGGGUCAGGCCUGAACGUUUCCCGGUGAGCGUGCCCGGGACCAGCUCUCUGCCGUAGCAGAGAAGCUGUGAGGAACACUUAAUCACGCUCUUUGCAUCGUCUUCCCCUCCCCUUUUCUCCCAGCCCUACUUAACCACCACCGCUUUAACUCUCCCCGUUAGCACCACAAUCCCCCGUAGCCCUCAGUUGGGAAUAGAAGUCUGCCGGCGAAGUCUUCUUUACUUACGAAUGUAAGUGUGCGGGGAUGAAGCGUUCAGCUCGUCUGCAAACAGAACCUGGGCCGAGACCCAGGUGAAGGGGGAGGUGUGUUUGGCGCUCAGCCAAUCAUAGCGCGUGACGACAGUGUCCAGCCAAUGAGAAUAAAGAGGGCCAGGGCAGCCCAGGGGCGGACCCUAGAAGGUAAAGACCCGCCUCCUUGCAGCUGGGUGGCCAACGCCCUCGCCCGGGGCUGGUUGGAGCGCUGUUCCCAGACUGAAGGGAGUGAGCACCUUCAGAGCUGGGAGGCGGCGCCCUCUUACCCCAGCUAAUUUCUCUACAGGCCUUGGCCUUCGCAGGUGUUGGUGCCUGCCGUGGACGCCGUCUGACCUGGGCCGUGUUUCUCUCUCUGGAGACUUUGUGCUUAUGGUUGCGGAAAGAGUGAGGUCGUUGCCUUGACGACGGCAGCAUGCGGUCCGCGGUCCUCGGAAGUGUGAGUGUGUGGCGGGCCGAGGCCCAUCUGCCUCGCUGUCUGCUUCACCUAGGACCGGUGCCUGCGUCCGCAGAAGAAAUCACAACAGCCCUCGAAUAGCUAGUUUGCUAGUUGGCAUCUUUUAGACCAGAGAGGGAGAUGCAUUUCACCUCAAAUUUGUUUCCAAGUUGAAAACCUUUGGGUCUUUCCAGGCGAAGGAUUUUAAAGAAACAUAAGAAAAGUCCCUACUGGUUUUAAAAAAAUGGAAAAAUAUGAGAACCUAGGAUUGGUUGGAGAAGGGAGCUAUGGAAUGGUGAUGAAGUGUAGGAAUAAAGAUAGUGGAAGAAUUGUGGCCAUCAAGAAGUUCUUAGAAAGUGAUGAUGACAAAAUGGUUAAAAAAAUUGCUAUGCGAGAAAUCAAGUUACUAAAGCAACUGAGGCAUGAAAAUCUGGUGAAUCUGUUGGAAGUGUGUAAGAAAAAAAAAAGAUGGUACCUAGUCUUUGAAUUUGUUGACCACUCAAUUCUUGAUGACUUGGAACUCUUUCCAAAUGGCCUAGACUACCAAAUAGUUCAAAAGUAUUUGUUUCAGAUUAUUAAUGGAAUUGGAUUUUGUCACAGUCAUAAUAUCAUACACAGAGAUAUAAAGCCAGAAAAUAUAUUAGUCUCCCAGUCUGGUGUUGUCAAGUUAUGUGAUUUUGGAUUUGCCCGGACAUUGGCAGCUCCUGGGGAAGUUUAUACUGAUUACGUGGCAACCCGAUGGUACAGAGCUCCAGAACUAUUGGUUGGUGAUGUCAAGUAUGGCAAGGCUGUUGAUGUGUGGGCCAUUGGUUGUCUGGUAACUGAAAUGCUUAUGGGGGAACCCCUGUUUCCUGGAGAUUCUGAUAUUGAUCAGCUAUAUCAUAUAAUGACAUGUUUGGGUAAUUUAAUUCCAAGACAUCAAGAGCUAUUUUAUAAAAAUCCUGCAUUUGCUGGAGUAAGGUUGCCUGAAAUCAAGGAAACUGAACCUCUUGAAAGACGCUACCCCAAACUCUCUGAAGUAGUGAUAGAUUUAGCAAAGAAAUGUUUACAUAUUGACCCAGACAGAAGGCCCUUCUGUGCUGAGCUCCUGCAUCAUGAUUUCUUUCACGUGGAUGGAUUUGCUGAGAGGUUUUCUCAGGAACUAAAGUUAAAAAUACAGAAAGAUACGAGAAAUAUUUCUUUAUCUAAAAAAUUCCAAAACAGGAAGAAGGAAAAGGAAAAAGAUGACUCCUUAGGUGGAGAAAGAAAAACACUUAUGGUGCAGGAUACCAAUGCUAAUCCCAAAAUUAAGGAUUCUAAAGUAUUUAAAAUAAAAGCAUCAAAAAUUGAUGGAGAAAAAGUUGAAGAAGGUAUUCAAGCUUCAAAUGUCAGCUAUCUCCAUGACAGUGGGACAAGUCACAUCAAAAUAGUGCCUUCAACAAGCCUCAGAGACUGCAGCAAUGGCAGUGUGGAUCACACAAGGAAUUCAGGCGUGGCCAUUCCCCCACUUACACACAACCUUUCUGCUGUGGCUUCCCGUAUUAAUUCUGGACUGGGAACUAUCCCAGGAGUUCAGAGUUACAGAGUGGAUGAGAAAACCAAGAAGUAUUAUAUCCCAUUUGUUAAGCCAAGUAAACAUUCUCCAUCAGGCAUUUUUAAUAUUAACCUGACCACAUCAGUCGCUGGUGAAAAGCGCCUCCUUCAGGCAAAUAAGAAAAGAAGGGAAAAAGAAGGGACAAAGACAGAUGUCCGUUUACCUGAACUAAAUUAUAAGCAUCUCCCCGAACUAAGAGCCUUGGAAGACAUAGCUCAAAAUUCGAGGCUAGUAAGGAAAGAGAACAAAAUUCUUUCAGAAUCUCAAAUUCCGUCUCUGGCAGCUAUUGACCUCCACGCCCCCACUGUUGCAUUACAUCAGGUAUCAGGGUCUUCCCUGCCAGAUGCUUCAGAGGCUGACUUCCCUUGAAUGGAAUACCAGCACUGAGGAUUAUUUUGAUCCUGAACCGGAUGCUGCUCUAGCACUUGAGAUGACAUCCUCUUGCAACGAGAGUGCUGAUAUUACAGGAGGAAAGAUUCAUGGUUUUGAUUGCUUCCUUUUGAACUUCCUGUAUUUUGUAAGACCUUGCUGAAGAAGGAAAGGCAAAGACCUCCAAAUGUUUUAAAAGAAGACUCAACUAAUACCUCCCAAACAUUAUCCCAUCACCUUUCAAGUCCACUGAUGCUAUUUCAAGAUAUACCCAAUGAAAGAAUAGUGAUAUGGUUCUUGUUAUAUGAAUGUGUGUUUAUUGUUAUCAGAUUGUGUGUUGAAAGUUACCAAAGAUUAAAAGUGAGUAAAAAGAGAGAAAAGUAUUAUAAAAGGUCUUGUUAUUAAUGCUUUGUGUGUUAUUUGUAUAAAUGUGUAUAUUUAUUUAGGAGUGGUUGGUGGGAGCAGGUAAUUAGAAUCAGUAAGAGAAAAUGUUUUCUUUAAGUUAACUAUAAAAAAAAAACCAUAAAAAUACUUUAAAAUCUUAUUUGUUUGUAGGCAUUAAGAGAAUAUGUAACUUCUCUCCAUGGAUAGAUGUGUAUCUUUGGUUUGUGGGAUUGUUGUGGAUAUUUGAUCAGUGUAUUAUGGGAGUCUGGUCUCUCUGCUGAUCUUCUAAGAACACUAAUAUAAAUCUAGCAAAGAAACCUUCUGUUUCUAAUGACCUAGUGCAACUCUGGCAUUGGAUAGUCCUCUAUAUUGUAAGGUUCUGGUGCUAAUAUUCCUUUAUGAAGGAACAUGGUUAGGACAAGUCUGCAGAGGAGAAUUUUGUAUGUAUACCUGGGAGUUUGUCACACACACCUGGGAGUUGAGUACUGUGUAUCUCAUUUAAAAAGAUAUAUAUAUGAGUCGGAAUCGACUCGAUGGCACUGGGUUUCAUAUACAUACAUAAAGUAGGAGGUGCAAAGUGGGAUUACCUAUUGAUCAGGACUGAUUAUUCUUCUCUGGGCCAGUUGCUGUUGAACUACCUAGCUGAAGAAGCUUUUGGAACAGAAGGUCCAUUUCUAUGGACACCACUCCUGUCUGCUGAUAUUAGAACCUAGAGAUAUUUUUGUAUCAUGGUUUCCUCAACUACUGGGGCCUCCCCAAAAGCUUUUCAGCAAGGUGCAAAAUCACUUACUUGCAGUUCACAUAUCUUUUCUAAUGCACUGGUCCACAGUUUAUUGGGUGGGAGGGUUAAACCAAUUUGACUCCAGCUUCUUGGUUUCUGGGAUUCUAACUAUGCUCUGCAUUUAUCAUUUUAGGGAAUGGCUGUUAAGGGGACAAGAAUUUGUGUGGGUUUUCUGCCUUAACCAAUUAACAGCAUCUUGUUUUUUCUAAAGCUACUGACUAGAACUUAGCUUAAGCAUUUAACUAAUACUUUCUUUAUUACUCCAGAGUGCUUGCUUAAUAUUGAAAUUCUAACCUUAGACACUUGGGCCUCAAAAGACUAGGAUAUUCAGGGGGAGGCAAUAUAGGGUUGGUUCCAAUGUACAAUUCUAUGUUAUUGUUGUUGUGUGUCAUCAAGUCAAUUGUGACUCACAGAGGCCCUACAGGACAGAGAAGAACUGCCCCAUAGGGCUUCCUAGGCAGAAAUCUUUCCGGGAAGAGAUUGCCAGAUCUUUUCUCCCACAGAGCCACUGGGUGGGUUUGAACCACCAACCUUUUGGUUAACAGCUGAGUGCUUAACUGUUGUGCCAUCAGAGAUCCUUGUACAAGUCUGCCGUUGUUAUUAGGUGCUGUUGAGUUGGUUCUGGCUCAUAGCGAUCCUACGUACAACAGAACAAAACAUUGCCUGGUCCUGUGCCAUCCUCAUGGUCAUUGCUGUGUUUAAGCCCAUUGUUGCAGCCACUGUAUCGAUCCAUCUCGUUGAGGGUCUUCCUCUUUUUUGCUGACCCUCUACUUUACCAAGUGUGAUGUCCUUCUCCAGAGACUGGUCUCUCCUGAUAACACGUCCAAAGUAUGUGAGACAAGUUUUGCCAUCUUCCCUUCUAAGGAGCACUCUGGCUGCACAUUUUCCAAGACAGAUUUGUUCAUUCUUUUGGCAGUUCUUGGAAACCUUGGUGGCGUAGUGGUUAAGAGUUCGGUUGCUAAACCAAAAGGUCGGCAGUUUGAAUCCACCAGGCACUUGUUGGAAACCCUGUGAGGCAGUACUACCCUGUCCUAUUGGGUCGCUAUGAGUUGGAAUCAACUUGACUGCAGCGGGUUUGUUUUAGUUUUUUCUUGUGGCAGCCCAUGGUGUAUUCAGUAUUCUUCGCCAACACCAUAAUUCAAAUGCGUCAAUUCUUCUGUCUUCCUUAUUCACUGUAUACAAGUCUACAGGUCGUUAAAUUAAAAUUUGGUCUUGAUUUUAAACCUCUACUUUUAACCUCUGACCAGGUGUUUUACUACACUGAUAUGGCUAACAUGCUGAAAAAAAUUAGUGUGUAGGCACUGAUAGACUUCACAUUAAAAUAUUAUUGUUAUUGUAUUUUAUUUUGAAAAAUAUUGCCAAUAGACUGUACCGCAUAGACAGCAGAAACUACUUAAAGACAAAUGGCACUCCAGCUUAUUUAAAUGUUCUUUUUAGGUGAAGAUCAGUUUGAUCAGUGCGAAGAUAUCAGCUCAGUGUCUGAUAGUUACCCUGUCAUUUCCUAUGCUUGUUUUUGGUAUAUUUUGCCUAUUAAAAUACUUUAUGAACUUUAGAAUUAAGGAACUAAAAAUUAUUUGCCAUAAGUCCAAGUUGAGACUUGAGGAUCAUACCUGGUUAGAACUUUGGCAGCACUACUAGGAAAAGAAGAUUUUGCAGAUUGGGGCUAUAGAUAUUUAACCAAAACAGUAGGAUACAUAUAUAUAUGUACUGAUGGUGGAAAACGGGCUUGCUGUGUGUAUGUUUGUAUUAAAAUUAAUAAAUAUAUCUUACUGC